CGUGGCAACUUUUUGUCGCGGUAAAAGUUGUUUGGUGGGAGAGGGUAUGUCGGUCUGUGACCGUGACAGUGGCGCAGAAACUUUGCUCGGAGCAAAAUCUCUUUAUGUUAUAAACAAUAAAAGUACGAUAAACGUACAUCGGUGUUGUGUUUUCUAUUGUGUUUUAUUGAUUGUUAAGUUUGUGUCUGUGUAGUUGAAGGAAAAGAACUGGGUUCGUUUUCUCUUUCUGUAACUAUCGGAUUUUUCGGUGAGAGCCACGAAAUGGAUGUUUUUACGCUAUUAUCUCAUCGAUGAACAUUUGCUGAAUUUUCAAAACAAAAAACUAUCCGGUGAUGAAGUUUGAAAGAUCAUUUAUUCAAAAUGAAGAAAACAAAUGACAGCGUAUUUAGGAAACUUAACAGAUAUCGGUUGAGGUUUGCUGAUAAAAUUGUUAUCAUACUGUAUAUAUUCUUUCUAAUUGUUAAAUGUGACUGUGAAACUAAAUUCAAUGAUUCAAGUCAAUACGUCAACGAAACCAAAAUAGUUAAUAAUAUAGAAAAUAAUUUAGAAUCUAAUAACUGCCAUAGUUGUGAAAAUAGUAAUUUAAAUCAAGAUUAUAUUACAAAAGAAAAAGUUAACAAUGAAGAGAUGAAAUCUGAGACUUUUAUGGAAGAAGUUAUAGACACUAUCAGCACGUUUACGAAAAAAUACAUAAUUGUCAAUCAAACAGAAAGUCAAUUAGAAAAUGAAUUCGAAAAAGUAUUAGACAAUGCAUUAAGUAAAGAUCGAUACGAAAUUUUAGAAGGUAUUGAAAUAAAACUUGAAGAUACGAAGAAAGACUUGAUGCGAUCAGACAAAGCAGAAGGAAGAGCAUUAUUUAGCACUUAUACUUAUGAAUACAGAAUAUAUCAGAAGAUAAAGAACUUCUUUGAAACUCACAUAUUAUCUAUCAACCUUCCAAAGGCUGCACGACUGAUGGGAUUUAGAUCUUUUGGUCUAAAGAAAUUCUUCCUACCGUUGAUAAUCGGCAUGCAAGUCUUCAAGAGCAUAUUGUUGGCAAUGUUCCUGCCGAGUAUUUUGGGAAGUUUCGGCAAAAUUCUCGGUAAAGGAAUAUCCCAGUUAUCAGCCGCAUCGAGUCAAGCGAGCUAUCCACCAGCUAACACUGACGACCAAAGCGCUUAUAAUGAUAACAAAGAUUUUAUGGGAUACGAUACAAACCAAGCUGGCAGUUAUGCAUACCCUCAAGAAGGACUGUAUGAAGCAAUGGCUGAAGCUAAUGAUGCCAAUGAUUUGUCUAACGUGGAUAUGUCCAGAUUCGGUGCGAGUGGCCAGAAAGUGUCGUACCUACCUUCGAAGAACAGUUAUUACAAAAAUCAAAUGUCCAACACUAACAAUUACAAGAUUUUCCAGAAAAUACCAUCCUCCUCAGUAAUUCUCAGUAACUACGAUCCGUUCUAUUCACCUCUGCUCUCUCGUCUGGAUGGUAUCUUCGCGAGAUUAGGUCUAGCACCGUCGGAGAACUCUAUCGACGCUGGUAUGGGAGGUCAGAACGUGAUUGAUAUGAAAUUGGAGUCAUGUCGAGAGCAGCUAAUCUGUCUGAUGUACUCCAGCCCUGCGAAGUACGCGCCCUACAGUAACCUGGUGUCGGCUCAAUUGAGCAGGGAACUAAACGAGCUCCGUCGUCCAGUGUCUGACAACCCUGAGAUCUUGCGUUUCUUCCGCUACAUGCGGGCAGCGCGCCGUGGCCAAGAGGGAGCAGACUGUGUAGGACUACACCCGGCGUGUGCUACCGCCACACCCUCGCAUACUAUGAUCGCUGCCUACCAUGAUAUCAACAAACUUGUCACCGCUAGGAAGAUUAGAAAAUGAGACGGAUUCUGAAGAUUUCGGAGCUGGAUUCAUUCUGCGGUUUUCAAAGUCUAUUUAUUUUAAUAUCAUAAUCAAAAUGAAUUGUCCCAAUUGUAAAAGCUUUUAUAAAAAGUUUAUAUUAAGUAUCCAGUCCAAUUAUUCUUA